CACUGUAUGUGAACAUGAGUUUUUUUUUUAAGUUUGCAUCAUAAUACUUAAUUCUGUGUAACUGGAACCUGUUGUACACAAACGUGGACAAAUAUACUGCUUCAUGUUCUAAGAAAUCAAUUUGGUUAUAUUUAUUGGUUCUUCCUAACCCCAAAAUUGCUGGUAGAAAUCUGAAAAAAAGACUAACCAAAACCCGGGUUUUAGGAGGUUAAACAAACAGAGACCAGAAGUUAAGUUCUGCCCAGACAAGUAACCGCAACAACGCACGUGCAUCUGAUUAAACCGUCUAUAUAAUCCAAAGUUUUUGAAUAAAAGGAAUGAGAUCUUAUUUAUCUCUCGGCAUAUAAGACUAUACAGUGAUAUUCUACAAUGAGGUUAAUAUGAUUCAAACCCAUAAUGCAUUAAGUGAAGUGCCAAGCCAGAAUGUUCCCCCAAAAAGCCAUUAUAAAGUUAUAUUAGCAUCCAAUCACUAAAUUAAUAAUUUAGUGUUGUUUUAAUGUUUGACAAAACACACAGUUGCAUUUAAAAGUAAAAGUGCUAUUGAACUAAAAGGAAAUAUGAUUGUUUGAAAUGAGCAAAGGUUUUGAACCGUCUUGUGAUUGUCAGCCUUGAUUCAAAGAUGGUUAAGGAUAGGGUGUGAAGUUUUGAUUUUUGUGAAUUUUGGCAUGAGCUUGAAAAAGGACCAUAUACCUCCAUGGAUACAACACAUAAUUCGUUUUAACAUUCCAGUGGUUUCUUCUACAAUGCAGCUCUCCGUAGAGAAACUGGAUUAGAGUCAAAUUCAAAACAUCCCCUGUUAGCAAGGAUACAGCUAUGAAUGGCCCCAAAGCUUUGCCUUUACCAUUUAACACAUUCUUACACUGGAGUCUGCAAGCUGAGGAUGACUAAACCAUUUUACUCAUUCCUGAAGAUGUUCACUGAAACAUUCCCAUUUUUUGGUGUCUUUACGUGUCCUGCUGGUGUCAUGCAUACUGUACUUGCUGCUUUAAGUCAUUGUUACCUAACUUAUAAUGGGACAUUUGCCAUUGCUUAAACCAGAUGCUGUCUUUAUGUUGACAAGGAAACUGUGCCAAAAACACAUCAACUCUAUUUAAAGGACUUCAAACAUGAAAAUUCUUCUUCAGUAUAUCAAACUGAAAUUUCCAAUUUUAGUAAAGGAGCAAAGAGUUUAUUUGGUUGUCAUUGUUUAGUACUGUAGCGUAUUUUGGCUGCUGUGCCCAUAACACAUUGUUUGUAUUUUUUGUCAAGAGAAUGAUUUAUCUGGUAAUGGUCUCUAGAAAUGUCUAUUUCCCUGUUCUGAUACUUGAAUAAGCACUGUUAAUCUGACCUGCAUCAUCUUUUUCUCUUUUCACUGCAAGGACUUGUGUGAGAAUUGUCUGAAUAAAGUUUUUUAAUGGUUUUGGUGAUUGUGUCCUUUUGUGAAUGGAAAUAUAUGCAUGGGAAUAUUGUUGGUACAAACUGUGGGGAAAAAAGAAUUUUAAUCAAACACAGACUGCAAGUGAAGAAUCAAAAAUGCAAAAUGGCCCUGCAUGGCAACGCUCACCAUACUGUACUGCUGACAUCCAUGUGCACUAGAAAUGGGCCACUUUUCAUGUAGUUCAAUUUUAUCAUGUAACCUGCCAACAAUUCAUUGAUUUGUUCACCACAAUUUAUCCUUACAAAACUGUCUCUCUGCUUCACAGAUCUUACAGGUGAAUCUAGUGAUGUCCAUCCUGCUGUACGUGAUGUUCCUCGCGUACCUCUAUGGCAUCUCGGCAUCCACAAUGAACAAGCAGCGGCCAACACAGGAUCCCAUUAACAAUCUGAUCAUAAAGCUCCUGCAGGCUGACAUCACCCGCAGCCGACAGAAGCAGGAUGAGGGCGUCCCGGAUUCACUUCAAUCCGGCACCUCAAACACACCUGCAGGGAUGGACUACAAGGAGAACUUUAGCUCGAGCAUUUACCAGCCUGUGACGGACAUCUCCGCAGAACUCCUGCGCCAGCAUAAGAGAUACAACUCGCCACGGGUGCUGCUGAGCGACCGGCCUCCUCUGCAGCCCCCUCCGCUCUACCUCAUGGAUGACUUUGUCAGUAUCCAGGACGCAAGUGGGACCAAUAAGACCCGGCAGAAGCGCUACGUCGAACACAAGAGCUACAGAGGAGAGCACUCGGUUUGCGAUAGCGAGAGCCUGUGGGUGAACGAUCGGACCACGGCCGUGGACAUGCUCGGACGGCAGGUCACGGUUAUGCGGUCAUUCAAUACGAUCAAGCAAUUCUUUUACGAGACAAAAUGCAGAACAGCCAAGCCCUAUAAGAGCGGCUGCAGGGGGAUCGAUGGCAAGCACUGGAACUCGCAGUGUAAAACUACGCAGUCUUUUGUGCGCGCCCUCACCCAGCAUGAAUCUUUAGUGGGUUGGCGCUGGAUACGUAUAGACAGUUCAUGUGUCUGCGCGCUCUCCCGCAAACCCCACAGGACGUGAAAAAUCACAAACCAGAUAUGAACACACCUGCAGUAUAUUGCGCCAAGACACCACUAUCUUCAGAUUUGUCCCUGGGGGCUGUAAAUAUAUAAAUAUAAAUUAUUUAAGUUAUAUGGAAUACAUUUAGUUUAUACAUGUCUAUGUAUGAUGUAUACGAAUAUUUAUUUAAGUCUUUGCAAAGGUAAAUCUUUAAAAAAAGAGAAAUAGAGACUUUAAUAAUCAUGCAAUGCCACCUGAGCUACAGGAGCACUGCAUGAAUCGAUGUGCCUUGCUCAAAUAUCAGUCGGAGGACACAUAACCUGGACCUUGGGAACAGUUGCAAUGGAAAACAAAACCCUCAAUAUCAUGCUAACUUCAGUAUUGUUCAUGAAAACCAGUUUUUCUACUGAUACAUGCUGCCAGUAUAACUUCAUGUCUGGGAAAACAACUGACAGCCUAGACAUUGUUGUAUUUUUAUGGAAAUAUGUAAACACGUUAUAUAUGUAUCAAACUGCAUGAAAUACUUAAGAAAUAUAUAUUUUUCUAUCACUGA